CAGCAACGCUCAGGACUUAUCACGGCUUGCCAUGCUUUCUCGCACGAUGCGACUAAGAUGUGUUGUGCGGUACGUUAACUGUGGUGCUCGCGCAGAAAAACAGUAGAGGGUGAUUGAUUAGCCUUUGAGGCACCUAUCACGUUGAGCACAUAUACAGCGCACCCUGCCUCACAGACCUGCAGAUGCUGAUCUCGACGAGUAUUGAGACCCCGGCUAUACAACAGGGGUUCGACAGGCGCAAACAAGCGACACCAUGAUAUCCUGGAAGACGGCUCAGAGCAAACUGCAAGACGACAUUGCGACGUCAUUCUCUGGAAUUCCCCUACGUUGCUAUCAUGCGCAUUUCCCAUCUUUCGCAGCCUCUCGCAACGGCUCGACCCGUCUUCUUCAACGACAUCGCCACAUCGGUGCGUUGGGUAAUCGACCAUGGGCGACUCCACCAUACUCGUGAGCAACGGCACAUGCUACUCUUCGGUCGGUAACAAGCUCGACGGCAGCUUCAUCCCCUGCGGCAACGAUGCCUUCGGCCACCAGACAUGCUGCGGCGCAGGCGACAAUUGCUUGGCGGAUAAUGCGUGUUUUGGCGUCCACGGUAGCGGAUACGGGAGUUUUCUGACGUAUAUGGCUGGCUGUACAGAUCCAGAGUACACCGACGCAAGGUGCCCAGACAAGCAUGGCAUUGACCAGCCGUGGAUUGCGCUCACGCUGUGCGACAAUAGCGACGGCGAAUGGGCGCCGUGCUCGCAAAAGGACGACCCAACCACGCUUCAGCCAGGCUCCUUCUGCAGCUGCACGGACGCCGCCAAGACAACCGUCGCCUUCAGUGACGCAGACAGCCUUGCGCAAUUCGCAUCGCUGCCCCAGAGUACAGGACAGAGCAUCGUAUUCCAAGCGGGCCACUCACCCUCGGGGGACCCUACCCCGCUCGCGUCUUCGGAUCCAAGUCCAACGGGCAAUUCGAAUCAACCCACUGGAGCCAGCGGACUGACGAGUGCUGCCCCCGCCCCGUUUUCAAGCAAUGGGACGCCGACACAGACUGGCUCCAAUCUGCCCUCGCGCGGGACUGGUACUGCGACAGACGCCGCCAACACGGGGGCAGCGACGUCCAGUUCCACCUCCCGAGGUCCAUCCUCAACACCUGAUUCCUCUAGCAGCGGCCUCGCCUCGCGCGCGAAAAUCGGCAUUGGCGUCGGCGUCGGAGCCGUAGCCCUCGUGCUCAUAGCCCUUCUAGCAUUCAUCUGUCUCCGCCGCCGGAAGCGCAAACAGCCCAAUCCCUCCGUGGUCGAGAGCGCGGGCAUCCACGACGACGAGAAGAGACCUGGGCCUUUGACCACGCCACCUAUGCCAGAGAUCGCCGGGCAGCCUCUCUCCGAAGCCGAUGGGCGAGCUGCAAAGCCGUGGAACGUGCGGAGUGAGCUCCAAUGCACGAAUUAUUUCUCUGCAGCGGGCAUCGAUGCGCAGGAGCCCACGGGGAUGCGGGCGCGGCCGCAUGAAGUACCGCAGCAGUAUGUCGCGUACCGGCCGCCGCCGCCGCCGCGGCUGCAGGAACAAGGUGCUGUGGCGGAACUGCCGGCUGUGAAGACUCCGCCAGAGGAGAGGGAAGGGAGGUGGUGAGCACAGACACGCGGGGUGCAGAAAUGGAGCAGAGUGUCUCGCAGGUCUGGGACUGCCCUCUUGGUUAGACUAUUGUUACACUUCUUCAGUCGGCCUUGAAUCUCCCGGUGUCACUAGGAUGUUCAUGAAUGUCCAGCGAUCCUCAUCGAGAUCCGUAAUAUCAUAUUUUUGACCACACCCGAGCGUCAGCCUUAUUACGCCUUCGCAUGUUGUACCGCUAUGUCAGACGCUCAUAUGUCUCUUUUGUUUCGCGGUCGUGUAGCCUACGCCUUGGUGAUCUGAGAUAGUUGGUGUAUGACACUCGAAAUUGUAGUAUCAGUCGCCAAUGCUUCACCAACAGGAAUCAGAUGGUCGGCUCUACGGUGAUAUGAAACGUCGAGGAUUGGUGGCGCAUGUCGAGGAUUGGUGGUGCAUCUUGAAGAUUGGUGUGACGCAUGUCAAGAGU